CCAAAUUUGACCCGGCUGACGCUGACUUCAAAUCUGCGCGGCUAGGCCCAAACGACAUGGAAUAGCGCACCGUUGAUUCAGAAUUCAGCUACGUUGAACCUGCGGAACACAGGCGCCCACGGCCCACGAGAUCUCCGUAAGAAGGCGGAACCUGUAGAAGACAUGGCCGGCGAGAUGAGCUGGGUGGGCAAGAAGAUCCACCUCUACAACGUCACCAUGGGCCUCUACAUGCUCGAUUGGUGGGAGCGCUGCCUAUUCAACAUACUGGUGCUGAUCCUGCUCUGGUUCAUCUGCUUCAACGGAUCCCGCUUCGCCACUGAUGUCUACGAAAGCCACCUGAAGGCACGGAUUUUCCAAGGCGCAAAUUACGGCAUGGGAAUUGGCAUGCCCUCCUCCUAAGCCUUCAACGCAAAACACAGAAGCAGCAAAAUCUGCUAGUUCUGGAAUCUGAACUGGGUUCCAACAAGCUGUAGUGAUGUGUAUGAUGUAGUUCCAAUAUGUAAGAUUCUUAACAUUAUUCUUUAUUUUAAUGUACUUUGUGUAAGUGUGUAACUAAGGUUUGAGCGCACGAUAUCACAUCCUGAGUUCUACUGUAAUUAUAUCCAUUUCCUUGGUAUUAUGUUUUGUUACUCAUUUACUAUAUGUGGCCACAGUUUGACUGCAUGACAUCACAUUCAUAGUAUUA